CGCCGAGCCAACGGGGCGUGAGGAGCAUGGGCCGCGGCCCGGCGCCGCGCCGCGCCGCGCGCCCCCCCCGGGGGCCACCAGUGGCCCUGGGCGAUGACGAGGCGCGGCCCGCCGCGGACGAGAGGUGCCCCGGCCCCCUCGGAGGCGGCGACAGGCGCCGCGGAGCCCGGCAGCCCAGGCGCGGAGAAGGCGAAGGGCCGCGCGAAGGCGCCCAAGAAACGCAAGAAGGCUGCGGAGGAGUCGAGGCCGCGGAAGGACCCCGACGAUGCGGAGGCGUACCUGAAGGCCUGGGCGGCCUCCCGCGACGGCUCGGGCGGCGCGGGGUGGCGCUUCAACAAGGCCACGCAGGCCUGGCUGCUGAGGCACGCGUACGACCCGGAGCGCGUCUCGAAAGGCGGCUUCCAGCUGCUGCUGCCGUAUCUCGAGGGCCUCCGCGGGGCCGCCAGGGAGCGGGCUCGCUCCGACGCGACGGCCGUGGUGGAGGCCAACGGCGGCCUCCCCGCCGCCGCGGCCACGGACAAGGAGGCCCGCGCCCCCGAGGGCAAGCUGGAGGCCCGCGAGGCGAAGAAGACGAAGAAGAGGAAGGCGGAGGGCGCCGAGCUGGCGGCCGCCGACGGCGAGGCCGACCGCGGUAAGGCGGCGGCCGACGCCGACGCCCUGAGCCCCAAGGAGCGCGCCGCGCGGCUGCGGCGCGCCCGCAAGGUCGCCGCGGCCCUCGGCGGGGAGGCAGAGGGCGCGGCCGAGGGCGGCGCCGACCACGCCGCGGUGGCGCGGAUUUGGCCGAACAUUUUGAGCUAG